GUGACAGACUCCGCCGCCUGCUACAAAUAGCUAUCUGACGCACUCGCUGUGAGCGUGCAGGUUGUGCAGCAGCAAAACAUCAGAGCAAGCGAGAUGAAGUGCGGCGCGGUGGCAACCUGUGACGUCUCGCGGUUGCUCAGCGUUUGGGAAUCGCGCGCCCGGAAGCAUCGGCAGCGGGAGAAGAAAGAGCAGCAAAGAAAAGAGAGGAGCGCCCUGCCAAAGAUCGAACAACGGUGGCAGUAUCGCCUCUAUUGCCGGACGCUCGACACGCAUCAACGCCACCUGCUCAACGACGACCCGCCAACGCCCGCGCGCGACACACGCACAGGCGUUUUGGCCGACAGCGAUGCGGGCCAUGAGAGCGCCUUGUCCUUUCGUCUGUCCGGGGAGCAGUGGAAGGAUUUGCCGAAAGAUCUGGAGUGGAAGACGUUUUUGCUGGAGUGGCACGUGAGUGGCACCAAAAUCCAGAAGCUUCCCGACUAUUUAGCGUCCUUCAGCCUGCUGAGGGUUUUGGAACUGUCCAAGAACAAACUGGCCCUGCUACCUCCUGACAUCGGAAAACUGGGCCACUUGCGCCGGCUCAACAUCAGCUACAACCGACUGUCUUGCGUUCCCGCCCAGCUGGGGAUGUGCCGCAGCCUGGAACGGCUGGAGCUAGCUGGAAACCGCAACCUCUCCGAGCUGCCUUUCGAGCUGAGUUCUCUGAAGCACCUGGCUCACCUGGACAUUGCGGAGAACGAGUUCGCAUCAAUCCCCGUGUGCGCUCUCAGGAUGAGCUCGCUACAGUUUCUCGACCUCAGCGACAAUCGGCUCAUCGACCUGCCAGAGGACAUGGAUAGGUCGCAAGCACGUGUUUGGGUUGCGCGUGCGUGUUUGUUUCAAUUCGUGUGUGUGUGUGUCUGUGUCAGGCUGAAGGAGCUGGUGACGUUGUUCGUGCACAAGAACCGCCUUUGGUAUCUUCCUCGCUGCCUCACCAACAUCUCCACGCUCAAAAUGAUCGUCGUCAGUGCCGACCAGCUCGUUUGUGUACCCACGCAACUCUGCAGCAACCCGGGCAUCAAGUUCAUCCGUCUGUACGACAGUCCCGCCAGUGGCAAGACGACGGAAGACGGCGGUGAGGAGCCGAAGGACGGCAGGGAGAAAGAAUUCAUGGACGCUUACGUCAACACACUGAAGGACAGAGAGGACAUGCCUUUCUCCACCACCAAGGUGACCAUUUCCUGUGUGCUGUGACCACACCCACCGGGGAAGCGCCGCAUCAGUUAUGCUAAACUGGAAUCGGAUUGAUCCGUCGUCCAUCUCGAAGAUUGUUUAUAACAUUAACUCGGCAUCUCUGCUUCAGGAAUUUUCCCAACUGCCCAGAAUCUCUUUUUUUUGGGGGGGGAGGUAAAGGGGCGGGAAACUCAUUCCCAAAUAUAAUUACCAAGGUUCGCUGCUGAAAAUAUCAAAUUAGUGCUGCUAGUAAAGAACAUUCAAGUCUGAGCAAGAAAAUAUCGCUUGAUGUCUGCUUUGUUAGUUUCAAUUGCAAUCAAAUCUUCAACGAUCCCAAACAUUCGUCACCGAACUGAUCUGUAGUCCACCUGAAGGCGUGUAUGGACAAGAAACAUUGCAAUUCCCCUGAAGGGGGCGCUAAAUUGCCAACUCCCCAUACAGUAAUAAACGCAGUGCUAAAACUGCGUUGCGGCGCAAAUUAUUUUUUGGAGCUGACACGUGACAUAUAAAAUAGCGCCCUGGGCAGCCCGCCCAUGUUGCCCAUGCCUAAAACCUAAGAGUUUAUUAGGAGAUGAACUAGUGACUUUUUUCUUCAAUAUUUCACGUCUAGUACUCUUCGGUUUGAAGCGGAACUUUUGUAUCAUGAGUGUUUUCUUUUUAACUUUGGGGCAUAUUUUGUCAGGGUAUGACUGUGGCAUUUAGAUUUGAAUGCUGUUUUUUAUUCAGUGUGUUUGUUUUUUAAUCCUCUUCUGGUGUCUGUAAUAUUCCUAGUCGUCUCUGCACAGUUGCUUUCCAUUUAUUUAAAUUCAUCUGAUAAGCGUUAAGGAAUGCAUUAUUCAUAUCAAUUGAGGAUCCAGAGCAGCUUUUUUUUUGUUAUUGGUUGGCUGGUUUAAAACUGAUGGCUUUUACACUUUUGUCAAAACCUUAUCUGACUUUUUUUUUUUGCUUUCGUGGAGGAGCAAAUACUGUUCUUUUUUUGGAAAGUGUGAAUUGUGCCAAUGAAGAUGAGCAGUGUGUGAAUGAAUGCCAAUAGAAGGAAAAGUGCAUCUUCCUUCUGUCCAACUUGACAAAUAAUAAACAUCGUUUCUUGACAUUCUGUUAA